CUGGAGAGAGCAGGGAGAGGGGGGAGCGCCGAGCUAGUCAGAGAGUGAGCGAGAGCGAGAAGGAGGGAGAGGAGGAGAAAGAGAGCGAGGGCGCGCGGGCGGGCGGGAGGCGGCGGCGGCGGCGGCAGCAGCAGUAAUAGCAGGAGCAGCAACAGAAGGCGUCGGAGCGGGCGUCGGAGCUGCCCGCUGGGGGAGAGAGAGGAGAGAGAAAGAGCGAGCGACGAGAGGGAGCCCGAGGCGAAAAAGUAACUGUCAAAUGCGCGGCUCCUUUAACCGGAGCGCUCAGUCCGGCUCCGAGAGUCAUGGCGACCGCAGCGUCUAACCACUACAGCCUGCUCACCUCCAGCGCCUCCAUCGUUCACGCCGAGCCGCCCGGCGGCAUGCAGCAGGGCGCGGGGGGCUACCGCGAAGCGCAGAGCCUGGUGCAGGGCGACUACGGCGCGCUGCAGAGCAACGGACACCCGCUUAGCCACGCUCACCAGUGGAUCACAGCGCUGUCCCACGGCGGCGGCGGCGGGGGCGGCGGCGGCGGCGGGGGGGGCGGGGGCGGCGGCGGGGGCGGUGGCGACGGCUCCCCGUGGUCCACCAGCCCCCUGGGCCAGCCGGACAUCAAGCCCUCGGUGGUGGUGCAGCAGGGCGGCCGCGGCGACGAGCUGCACGGGCCGGGCGCCCUGCAGCAGCAGCACCAGCAGCAGCAGCAGCAACAGCAGCAGCAACAGCAGCAACAGCAGCAGCAGCAGCAGCAGCAGCGGCCGCCGCAUCUGGUGCACCACGCCGCUAACCACCACCCGGGGCCCGGGGCAUGGAGGAGCGCGGCGGCUGCAGCGCACCUCCCACCCUCCAUGGGAGCGUCCAACGGCGGCUUGCUCUACUCGCAGCCCAGCUUCACCGUGAACGGCAUGCUGGGCGCCGGCGGGCAGCCAGCCGGGCUGCACCACCACGGCCUGCGGGACGCGCACGACGAGCCGCACCAUGCAGACCACCACCCGCACCCGCACUCGCACCCGCACCAGCAGCCGCCGCCCCCGCCGCCCCCACAGGGUCCGCCUGGCCACCCAGGCGCGCACCACGACCCGCACUCGGACGAGGACACGCCGACCUCGGACGACCUGGAGCAGUUCGCCAAGCAGUUCAAGCAGCGGCGGAUCAAACUGGGAUUUACCCAAGCGGACGUGGGGCUGGCGCUGGGUACCCUGUAUGGCAACGUGUUCUCGCAGACCACCAUCUGCAGGUUUGAGGCCCUGCAGCUGAGCUUCAAGAACAUGUGCAAGCUGAAGCCUUUGUUGAACAAGUGGUUGGAGGAGGCGGACUCUUCCUCGGGCAGCCCCACGAGCAUAGACAAGAUCGCAGCGCAAGGGCGCAAGCGGAAAAAGCGGACCUCCAUCGAGGUGAGCGUCAAGGGGGCUCUGGAGAGCCAUUUCCUCAAAUGCCCCAAGCCCUCGGCCCAGGAGAUCACCUCCCUCGCGGACAGCUUACAGCUGGAGAAGGAGGUGGUGAGAGUUUGGUUUUGUAACAGGAGACAGAAAGAGAAAAGGAUGACCCCUCCCGGAGGGACUCUGCCGGGCGCCGAGGAUGUGUACGGGGGGAGUAGGGACACGCCACCACACCACGGGGUGCAGACGCCCGUCCAGUGAACUCGAGCUGGGGGGAGGGGCAGAGCGCGGGGCUCCCCCUCCCUUUGGGUCCUUGGCCCUUUCCCGGCCCUCUUGUUCCCUCUCUAACUUCUGAUUGUUCUUUUAUUUUUAAUUAUUAUUUCCCCAUCCCUUAAAAAGAAAAAAAAAUUAAGGAAAAAGGAAAGCAACUAAGACACUGGACUAUCCUUUAAAGGUAGCAGGUGUAAUGAUGUGUUUUGACCUUUGCAGGCGAGUAACCAGGCAAUGGAGGGGAGUGUCUCCUGGAGAGAAUGAGGAGAGUGUGUGAUAGAUAGAAAGAGAAAGAGAUAGAGAGAUGGCAAGCACUGAGAUAAAUACCUGGCAAAACUAAAUAGAUUACCAAAAAGGAAAAAAAUGUCCACCAAACCAUGAUAAACACAAAACGCAGCUUCCUGAUGCUUGGAGUUGGCACAUGCUGCUGUGUUUAUUUGAUGUGGAUUCCCAUCAGGAAAGAGGAAAAAAUACACACUUUCUCUGAUAUAGGUAAAAUUUAAACACAUAAAUUUGCACUGCAAGAAAAUCGAAGUUUACAUGAACAAAUUCGUGAACAUAUUUUCUCUUUCUCCCGACCGUUAAUUUGGGAAUUGCCGUUUUGGGGGAUUUUGUUUUGUUUUGCUUUAUUCAUCUGAGAGAGUUGAAGCCAGCUCUUGGCCACUCUCCAUUUCUAAUGUUCUUGUGUUGCCCCUUGUUCUUACUGUUUGUGAACUUUGGUUACCUUCAGAUUCCCCUUAUGUGGGUGUAACAUCUAUUUGUUCCUCUUACCAAAGCAAAACGAUUGGCUUCAUACAAAAUACAUAAUUCUCUGCUUUCAGGAAAUGUGCAUGGUCUACCUGCUUUGUCCAAGGCAAGAAUCCAGUUUGGAAUAUAAAAAUAAGAGUCAAGCAUUGGUUGUUGUUACCAGCCACAAAGUAAACUUCAUUUUCAGGCAGUGUUUCUGGGGGAGGUUAUGGAGGGAAGAAAAAAGAAAAAUCGAUAGUGAGUGACUGAUUGCUUCAUUUUAUCAGGCGGGCCCAUUGUGAAAGAGCUCAGAGGAAAUGUGGAGGUUAAAUAUAUUCCCAGAGUUGUCCAGCAGAAAGAAAGUGGCACUUUGAAGAGAACUAGGGAAAUACAUAGCUUCAGAUAUCCCUAUAUAGUUCUCUACCUUCAGUUUUAAUACUAUUAUGAAGAAUUAUUUGUGCUGACAGCAGCAGUAAACUUUGUUUCUCUAAUUUUUUUUACAUUAAAAAAAUGAUCCAGGAACUUAAUAGUGUAUGCAUAAAACUGUGUUUUUUAACACACAAAUACCCACAGCAUACACAGAUGAUCUCCACAAAGUAGACAGGUUUUGUCUUCACUAGCUCAUUUGUUUAUCAAGUCAUAUUUAGGGUCCCACACCCUCUUUUCCUGUAAUUUAUUGCAGAAUAUACCACUUUGACUUGGACAGCUUUCUCCCCCUCUUUCACUAAGGAAAGCAAAUGAAGUGGGGGGAAAAUGCCAUUUUCAAUCCUUCCUUUCUCCCCUUUGUUAAUAGUUUUAAGUGCAUUUUUGAUCUUAUCUUGAUGGAAAAUGGUUAACUCAAAUACAAAAGACUCUACUGGAAAGUGUAGGUGAAAAAACUUGUAACUGUAUUGAAAAUAAAUACCAUUAAACUGUGAUCAGUUAAAAUUUAAAAGAGAAAUCAGCACAAAAGGGCGCUAAAAGGGAAAACACUUUUUAUUAAUCUUAAAAGUUUGGGGUUUUUUUUUCCAGUUAGGUAUUAGAUAAAUUUUUAUUUUAAAAAAUGAAAUUCUCACUACCAUAAAAUUAUGGUUCAGCAUCAGAUUAGCAUUGCACUCAGUAGUCUUUAAGGUUUUAGGAAAUAUGCUUUAUAUUGUCUUUUCAAACACCUGUGAUUGUUUCAUUUUCAAUGUUUUUGCAAGAUAAAUGGUGACUUAUAAUGGGCAUAUUUAUUUGCCUGUAUUUCAUUUCCCCCAAUGAAUGUCGCAAGGAGAUGGGCACGGAGCUGCUUCUGGUGCAUCACGCUGCUCGUUCCUGAGGUAUGGGGACUGGCCUUUAGUGAAGCAAUCCAGAGCAGGGCAAAUAGCCACUGGUAAAGGGAGGAAAUGAAUUUUCAGAUACUUAUUACCAAGUAGGUAAGGUCAGAAGCUGGAGUUUAGAGGAUGUGUCUACAGCUUCUCUGACUCUUAUAGGUUUACUAAGAUGAAAGUUACCACUGAACCUUACCACUAUGUAUAUAUGUUUAAUAUCUGUCUUUUGAAAUGCAGAAAUAGUUUAAAUGUUUCUUUGUCUAUUUUUCUUUUUUUUUAAUGCUACCCAGGGAAAUAUUUUCAUAUCAUUUUUAAGUGGCCUGCCUCAAUGUAUAUUUAUUUCUUUUGAAGCAAAAAGGUUCUGGAAACUGUUUUUCUGUAGCUUUAAAUGAAUAGGUGAGCAAAAUCUAUAUGGGAUGUAAUUUUUUUGUUCAGUCUCUUAAAAAAUACUUUGUUUUGGUACAUUUGGUUGUGCUUGUGGGGAAAAAUAAAAACGCAGAGAUCCUUAUAUAUUUAUGUUAAAGUAAUAUUUUAUUAUCUACAUAAAACAGAAAUGCACAAUACCUUCAUAGUUUGUUCUAAUUAUUGAAAUAUCUUUAUUUUAUUUUUAAAGAUAAUGCCAAGUUUUAAGGGGGGAAAACCCUAGACUUUAAAUUGACUGAGUUGAGUUGUGUGUAAAACACUUCCCUUCCUUUAUACUUCAUAAAGUUUUGGAAUAAAUUUUAUGCAUAUACCGCCAGA